UCAUAAUAAGACUUCAGCCGACGACCCUUCCUCGUAAAAGCGCCGAAACAAAAGCACAUGCUAAUGCCCCUUUCUCUCUCCCAACAAUUUCAUCAAUCAAUCUCCAUUUUCCCCUUUCUUCAAAAGAACACUCAUACCAUUAUUCACCCUUUAAUAUUAAUCUAAUUCAGCCUCCCUAAAAAAAGGAAAAAAAUUAACAAAAAUUUGUAGAAAAACUACCACCGUUGUCCACAUUUAUUAUUGAUCCUUAUUCUUUCUGAAAUAGUUUGUCACUUUCCUUCCUCACACUCCCAUAUAUACUACCUCUUCCCCUGCCCCUUGAGUAAACACUACUCCUUCUUUCUACAUUUCCUUUCUCCUCCCCAUUUCUCCAUUCUUCUCUUCUUACAGAGGGAUAGUGUUUUAAGAAUUGAAGUUUUUUUUGCUCAAAAGACAACGCCUCAAAUUGGCAUUUUUCCCUGCUCUGUUUUUUUUUGAAGAAGAACAGAUCUGUAUAACAUAGAAGGCAAUUGCAUAGUUUUGCAUUUACUAUUCUUCUACCCUUUUGCAUUUUACAAAAAGGGUUCCGGUUUGUUUUUGGAUUAGAAUUAGUCAUGGAGAAGUUCGGGAAACUAUUAACCACAAUGGCUACUCUGUUUUUACUACUGGGAGUCCUUCCUUCAAUUGCAUUUGCUGGCCAUGAUUAUCGUGAUGCUCUGGCUAAGAGCUUUCUUUUUUACGAAGCUCAGAGAUCUGGGUACCUCCCCAGAAACCAAAGGGUCCAAUGGAGGGGUAAUUCUGGUCUCAUGGACGGCAAAGCCAGUGGGGUGGAUCUAAUAGGAGGGUACUAUGAUGCUGGAGACAAUGUGAAAUUUGGAUUGCCGAUGGCAUAUACGGUGACCAUGAUGUGUUGGAGCGUUAUUGAAUAUGGACACCAAAUGUCUGUGAGUGGUGAACUUAGUCAUGCCCUUGAUGCUAUCAAAUGGGGUACUGAUUACUUCAUUAAAGCUCAUCCCCAACCCGAUGUUCUCUAUGGAGAGGUUGGAGAUGGUAACACAGACCACUACUGUUGGCAAAGGCCGGAAGAUAUGACCACAUCACGUGCCGCUUACAGAAUUGACUCAAGUAAUCCCGGAUCUGACCUCGCCGGUGAAACCGCCGCCGCAAUGGCGGCCGCCUCCAUCGUCUUCCGCCGCUACAACCCUGGCUACUCUAGAACUCUCCUCAACCAUGCCUACCAGCUAUUCGAGUUUGCGGACAAAUACAGGGGUAAAUACGACAGCAGCAUAACGGUUGCCCAGAAGUACUACCGAUCAGUCAGUGGGUACGCGGAUGAGUUACUGUGGGCAGCUGCCUGGUUAUACAAGGCAUCAAACAACCAGUUCUACUUGAAUUAUUUGGGUAACAAUGGUGAUGCACUUGGUGGAACUGGUUGGGCCAUGACUGAAUUUGGUUGGGAUGUUAAGUAUGCUGGUGUCCAAACUCUUGUUGCCAAGUUCUUGAUGCAAGGCAAAGGUGGUCAGCAUACAGGAGUAUUCCAGCAAUACCAGCAAAAAGCAGAUUACUUCAUGUGUUCAUGCAUGGGAAAAGGCAAUCAGAAUGUGCAGAGGACUCCAGGAGGCCUUAUCUUCCGCCAGAGUUGGAACAAUUUGCAAUUUGUCACAAGUGCAUCUUUCCUCAUGACUGUCUACUCUGACUAUCUGUCUUCUGCCCACAAGUCUCUCAAAUGUGCUUCUGGCUAUGUCUCCCCAGCUGAGCUUCUCUCAUUUGCUAAAUCCCAGGUGGACUACAUUCUUGGUGAUAACCCCAGAGCAACCAGCUAUAUGGUCGGAUAUGGAAACAACUUCCCUAGACAAGUUCACCACAGGGGUUCUUCCAUUGUUUCCAUCAAGAAAGAUCCCACAUUUGUGAGUUGCAGAGGUGGUUAUGCCACUUGGUUUAGCCGUAGGGCGAGUGAUCCCAAUGUCCUCACCGGUGCCAUUGUUGGAGGUCCUGGUCCAUAUGACAACUUUGCUGAUCAAAGAGACAACUAUGAGCAAACUGAGCCAGCUACUUAUAACAAUGCUCCUCUCAUUGGUGUGUUGGCCAGGCUGCAUGCUGGCAAUGCUGGCCGUAACCAGCUACUUCCAGUUAAACUACCAAAGCUUGCUCCUGUGCCUAAAGUUACCCCAGUUCCAGGUUCUAACCCGAUUGUUGUCGAACAGAAGGUGACAGACACAUGGAUUAACCAUGGAAAGACUUACUACAGAUACUCCACAAUAGUGACUAACAAAUCAGACAAGACAGUGAAGAAUUUGAAGCUAUCAAUUGCUCAGCUCUAUGGCCCUCUAUGGGGACUGAAAAAGUUGGGUGAUUCCUACACUUUACCAUCAUGGACUGACUCUUUGCCUGCUUGGAAGAGCAUAGAAUUUGUUUACAUCCAUGCUGCUUCUCCUGCGAAUGUCUGGGUAUCAGGAUAUACACUGGCCUGAAAAUCCAAGGCAAAAUUGCAUACUAAUGGUGAAAAAUGACCUAAAGAUUAUUAUGCACAUAUAAGAAAAAGACUGCCGCCAAAAAGGCCUAUUUGCAGUUAGGGUAAUAUGGUUGUUAUCAUUAGGCAUGUUGGAAAGAAAGGAGUGACGAGACGAAUUUAUAAUGAGUGCUCAUCCUCUUUCUUUUCUCCAUGCAAAGAGUCGUGAUCACAUGGCAUUUGGGAGUGAGAGAGAUAGUGAAAGAGUGAUUGUUAAUUUGAGAGGUAAAGAAGGUUUUACUUCUCAAUAGGGAGUUUCUAAGGUUUUACAUUUUAUAUAGAGUAUAUCUUUAAGGGCUUUUACAUUUUUACCAUUUUCAUCUCUUUUUUGGGGUUAUGAUAUGUUGUAAGCUCUUCACAACACUUCUGGAAUUCAAGUAUGAAUAUACCUUGUGCAAAUUCAUGAUUAUAUAGGCUUGUUCUUGUGGUCAAAUUAUCUUUGUUUCUAGUUCAGAGUUCUGCUGUCCUUUUUCAUCAUCCCUUACAACAUACGCAAUCUUACAAAGCAGAUGAUCAAUUUGUGAUGUCUUUACCCUUCCAAAAUGAUCGUCCCAUAUACCACAAAUCAGAAAAAUAAACUAAUCCAUCAUCUCAGAUGGAUGAUUGGUUGCUGAUUUUUGCCAUGUUUCAAUCUAUAUCACCGACUAGUGACUAGUAUGGUAAUCCUCAGUGCAGUUGUCACUUUUUGCCUUGGCCUCAUGAUGUACAACGAACAGUUAACUAUACAUUGCAACUCUUAAGUCUUAAAUCACAAAACUCUGGAAAUAGAAACUGAAGUCAAAUAAAAUUGGAUUUCCUGAAAUUCGGAAGUGAAACAUCAACAACCAGAAAUUUUGCUGCCUGCCUCCUUGAGAUCAACCACAAUAACACUUAUGUUGUCUCUGCUUCCUUUUGCCAUGGCCAACUCUGCUAAUAUGACUGCUGCAGCUUCUGCAGGAAUAUCAGAUUCCCUUAUGAAAUUUCUGUAUUUUUGACCAUUGAAGCAUCGUCUUACCACUUCGCAGGCGGUAUCAUUUGACAGCACAUCCCAAAGGCCAUCUGUUGCUACAAUGAGAAACUCAUCUACUUCGGUCCUUUUGUUCACAGUGACCUCUGGCUUUGAGAUCACGUAUGGUUUCAAAUAGUGAUCCCCUAUUGAAAGAAUAGGGAAAUAAAUAAAUAAUAAUCAUAGUAACUAGUUCAAGAACUUCAAUAAUACUUGCACACAUUGAAGCUAGGUUCGAAAAACUUGAGCAAAAAAACAAGAGCACACCUAUUGAUCUUGAAGUAGCAAGAACUCCUUGUACGCGACAACCAUCCCAGUCGAUUAUUUUUCCUCCAGCAGCUUCCACUCUAUCCUUCUCAUCAGGUCUAUCAGGCUAUUUUAAACAAACAAAAAAGAGAAAGAAAAUACAAAUCAGUAUCAGUAUCAUUACCAGCAGGCUGUAGAAUUCAAAACGGAAACAAACCGAACAUUACAAUAUAGCUGGCAUGUUUUGACCAUUACCAUUCGACAUCUAAGAUAGUGUUUACAUUUUACAGACAAAUUUAAUUCACAUGGAGGCAUAAAAAAAAAAAAAUUCAACAUUUUAACAAACUAUGAGUGUAUUGCUGCAUCAUUUGAGUUCGUCGACAACUAUAUACACUAUUGGAGUGGCCUUUGGGCAUAGGAGGAGUGUAAGCUGAAGUAUUUUUGAGUAAUCCUAAUUAAACUGCUAACUAUUUUUGACAUAAAGUACAUCUAGACCCAAAAAAAAAAAAAAAACACACACACACACACACACACAAUCAAGGCGAGACGUGUGUUCUAGUUUCUAGAGAACAUUUGAUACUCUGAUUUGAUCAAUCUUUUAUGUCUGUACUAUAUUUAGUAUGUUACCUACAAAUUUAUAUUCAGGUCAUAAACUACUAUCCCUUUUCCAAAGCAAAGUAAGAAAAAUUAAAGCCUACAUCCAAUCAUCCAAUAUCAAUUGUGUUAUGUUGCAAAAUGAUUUAAAUUUACCACUGGCGGUAACUGCUCUGUAUAUAAAUGAUGUUGCAACCAACUCCAAUGUUUGUGUGUGAUGUAGCAACCGAUGGGACAUACUUGACAAAAAAAACAAUACCGGUGAACAUAGAGUAUGUGACAAAAACUGAAUCCCGGUGAAUGUUGCCCCUGCCACGUCACUCCUCCUAGAAAUUUACUUGCAUUUUUAUUGUGUCAUCUCUCUGUUUCUGACAAACUAUUCCCAGGGGUUCCAACAUUUUUCCCAUUAGUUAUUAUUUCUUAUUAACAAAAGUUUUCCCAAAUUUUCUCUCCACUUUUUUACAAAAAUCACUAAAUUAUACUAUGCGUUUGAGAUUAACCUUUAAUAACAUCAACACCUGAUACAUAAUAAGGAAAAUAAAAAGAAAGGAAUAAGGGAUACAUGAGGCAGUAGGUGGAAAAUGCUUAUUGACUCCUAAAAAAAGAGAGACCAAAAAAAAAUAUACUUUCUUAGUUCUAAAAUUAUUGUACAGUUUUGAUUUUCAUUUGCAGUACAAAUGGAGGGAGGAAGUAUCUAAGUACAAAAUGUAUUAUAAAUAACGAAAUUUAAAGCAUAUAAAUUAUUUAUAGACAGAAUAAAUUACUUGUGUCAUUUACACUUUUGUUUAAUUAUUAUCCUUUGUGUGACGUGGAUGGACGGACGACUAGUUGACUACCAAAUACCAAACAUCAAAGUGUUUCAGGUGAAAAAGCCCCAUGCAUGCAAAAUUGCAAAGAAAAUGAGGAGGAAAAAACAAAGCCAAACUCAAAACAGCACAGAAGAAAGACUCACACGUAACUAUUUUCCUUGGCGACACCUCAGAAACACACCCUUUUAUCACACUCUUUAUCACUUCCUUUUUCUUUUUUAAAGUUUCAGUUAGUAUUACUUUGGUUCGUACUAACCUUAUGAUCAUUGGAUAGUGGCAAUGCCACUCCACCACGGCUAAGUACCGCCCUGGAGUCCCCACAAUUCGCCACCACCAACUCCUCCGUCCCGACCACCGCCACCACCGCCGUCGAUCCCACCUCCCUUUCCCCCACUUUUCCAACCUCAUUCGCUUGAACUUGCACUUCUUCAUCCAUCUUCGAGAAGGUUGCUUCCAUGAUGCUCGUCCAAUACUGUAUCCUAUUCAUUUUACUUUCGGUUUCGCCGCUGCCGGAGGGGAUUCCCGCGGCGGCAUCGGCGCUGGUGCUAGUGGUGGGCUCCUCCGCUUCCAUUAACUCCUCCUCGAGCAGGUGGUGCAAUCGGUCCCGGCACGAAUGCGCCACCAUGGCUCCGCCGUGGCCGUCGUACACCGCAAAGAAUUCAUACCGGCCGGCGAGAAUUCCGGGCGAAGCCGUCAAUGCAUCCUCCAUCACUCUACUCCGACCCAUUACGGAAAUAGACCCGAAACACAAACGGGUCACUUGCCGGGACCCUCCGGCACCCGAGUCCUUCUCCUCCCUGAUCGUAUCACCCUCUCCCUUUUCCACCUCACGAGGAAGCUCGCGUGAUUUCUCGGAAACUUCCAGCGACGACGAAGAACCGCAACCCGCAUUGAAAUCCCCGGCUUUCAACCUCUUCUCCGGUCUAAAAUCCGCCGGACCCUCUUCGGGAACCAAGAUUUCCUUACAAUCUAAAGUUCCAUCUUCACCGCCGGGCUUUUUCUGACGAGCAUUCCGCUUGCCACCGCCGCGGCGCUUGAUAUGCAUCGAGGAAUGGAGCUUCAUUAAUCACGUCUCAAACGAUUACAUAAAAAUCAGCCCAUCAUAACCAAUAAAAGCCUACUUCCUUUAAUAUAUCUGGACAUGAGAAAGAAAAAACAAAAAGGGAAAACGACGUUGGUUUGUUUUCAGAAUAUAUUUUGUUCACGAGAAGAGAGAGUUUGUUUUCCACUGAGAAUGAAUUUGGACGCAAAGUAUCAAGUACACACCAGAUAUGAAGCUUAAUAGUUAUAAGUGAUUAGAGAAGUGAAAGUGGAGGAUUUAUAGAGAAGGCGGGUUUCUUGGUAGGUACUAGGAAAAGGGAAGAGACAACAACUAG